AUGAGCUGUCGGCUCGGUCGCGUUCGACAACGUGCCAACCGCGCUCAUACGGUAGUUGACCUCGUUCGAUCCUUCUGGACUUCGUUGGCUACCUGUUGCUUUACACCCAGCCGGUUUGAUCGACAUCAUCUCUGUGCCUAUGGCAAGGAUCUGCUCUCUUGCUGCUUCCUUGCGAAUGAGUUUAAAACCUCUUCUAUUAUCGCACUAUUUCGUACGAUGUCUGGCGGAGCUCGUCCCACUCCGCCCUCCUAUAGAAAGCUGCUGGCAUUCUCUUCUGCUGCUAGCAGGCACCCGUCCCGUGGCUACACACCAUGA